GUAAUAAUGGGCUGGAAAAUCAAGAUUCCUGUGAACUGUUCCAAGUGAUCAAUGCUAAAGAUGGAACGGAGAAGUUUGGAAUUCGAAUGGAAUUCGAAAGCCACGAGAGAAACCAGUCAAAGAAUUGGAAUCCGGAAAGCUCAUCUUCCACUGAUGCUCCGAUGCAAAACAAAGGAGAUGAUGCUAUAAGAAGACACAAUGGACAAAAUUACAAUGGGACAUUCAUUCUUUCUCCUGGGAAUAACUUUCUUACAUCUCAAAAAGUGAUUGACACAAAAGAGAAGCCUUAUAAAUGUUUGGAAUGUGGAAAAUGUUUUAGAAGAAGCUCGCAACUUACUGUUCAUAAAAGGAUCCAUUUGGGAGUGAAACCAUAUAAAUGCAUAAAGUGUGGAAAGACCUUUGCUCAAAGUGGCCAUCUUAUUUCCCAUAAGUUCAUCCACACAGGGGAGAAGCCAUAUAAAUGCAUGGACUGUGGAAAAACCUUCGCUCGAAAAUAUCAUCUUACUUCCCAUAAGAUGAUCCACACAGGAGAGAAACCCUAUAAAUGCAUGGAGUGUGGAAAGACGUUUACUGAGGGCAGUGGCCUUAGAAGCCACAAAAAGAUCCACUCAGGAGAGAAA